CGCAGAAAAACACUUCUGUGAACAAAGGGAAAGGUUAAAAAAAGAUUGAAAAUGCACUAGAAACAGCAUCAAGAACCAACAAAGAAGAAGAGCUGUGUCCCUGAGAGAGGACGGGGUCAAAAAGUACAAGACAGCACCUCCGGGAACAAUCACCAUCUAAACCAGGAUCAACAGGAAAACCCCACACAACUCGAGGACAAUUAGAGCCAACGUUCAGGAUGUCGGCAGCGUCUGAGAGGUGUCUGUGCUGCGUCAAAUACCUGAUGUUUGUCUUUAACCUCAUCUUCUGGCUUGGCGGCUGUGGCUUGUUUGGCGUUGGGGUCUGGCUGUCCUUCACACAGGCGGAGUUUUCCUCUCUUCCCCUGUCCUUCCCGUCACUCUCAGCUGCCAAUCUGCUGCUGGUUGCCGGUGGCAUUACCAUGGUGACGGGCUUCCUGGGCUGUCUGGGAGCUUUGAAAGAACAGCGCUGCCUGCUGGUCAUGUUCUUUGUGAUCCUGUUGCUCCUGGUGUUGACUGAGGUGAUUCUCGUGGUGAUCAUUUACAUCUUCCAAGACGUGCUCGACUCAAAAGCGCAAAGUGAACUGAAGGAAGGCAUGAAUGUUUACACUUCAGACGAGGGACUAAGAAAAUCAUGGGACAAUGUCCAGAGGAUGUUUAAAUGCUGUGGUGUCAGUGAGCAGACAGACUGGUUUGAUGUGCUGAAUGGAACGCUGCCCUCAUCUUGCUGCUCUCUUGAGACAGAACCAUGUUUUGAGAGAUGGACUGAGCCGUGUUACAAGAAAGCCCGGCAGUGGCUCUUAGACAACAUACCUUCAGUCCUGGUGUUUGGAGUCUGCAUCGGUGUUGUGCAGAUCCUGGCCCUGGCCUUCUCCAUGCUGAUGUACUGUCAGAUCCGGCGCGCUGAGAAGUUCGUGGACUGACCACAGACCAGCUGCUCACAGC